UCGUAAGCAUUUAUCUAAUUUUAGCUUCUUUUCGCUAUUUCGUUUGUCCGUAGAAAAUUUUCAAUAUUUUUAAAACUAUCGCAGGCUAAACAACACAGUCUUCAAUUUUUGUACCCAAAAUGAUUGUGAUGCACAUGGAGUUGGAACCGGGUUUCCACAAAGCGGACAUUAAUAUGAUACCAACAGUGCGCAGCGAGACAAUAUUCGGUUUUGUCACGAAGAUUGCCACCAGCGGUGCUAGCGUAAAGAAGCAGCAGUCUAACAGCGCUGGAAGCGGCGAUGUGGAUUUACGCGUAGAUUUUGUGCAAGUUAGAAAAGCUGGCGAUAUAUUCGAAAUGCGUGCGGUGGUUUUUCCAGCAGCCACUGGCGGCAACCAUGAGGCGCACAUACGUGUCACGCUCAAAGUAGAUGAAAAAAAGGACGAGAUAUCGGAGACUAGAUGUGAACGUUGCCCGAAAAAAGAUUCCUGCCCACAUAUACUCGCUUUCAUUUUUUGGCUGCACCGCAAGAGUACGGACACUGAAGCGCCAGCCAUACGUGACUUUUGGGGUAGUGAAAUAGAAGCUCUGGCUGAAGAAGAACGCUCGGAGGCGGUACGAAUUCGUGAUAUAUUCGCUUGUGAUGAAUUACGAUUAGAAGCCGAUCUAGAAGCAGCUGCGGUUAGUGAAACAGAAGGACAGGCUUUCUUCGAGACUGUACUUGAUGAAAUGGAAAAUCUAGGUUUGCGAGAUUCGGCGCUAUAUCGUCACUGUCGAUCUGUGCUAGAUGAGUUCGAGCCACUUUUCAUACAUCACACAAUGUUGGAUGCCUCUAAUAAUGGUGUGAAAAAUUCACGCUCCUUUGUGCAACACAUGGAGGAUCAAGCUAAGCAGGGACUAUUCGAGCGUCUUGCCGAAGUCUCGAAAACCAGCUAUAAAACACCGCUCUGGUUAGAAACUCAAUACAUGCGAUUACGUUGCUCGCUCAUACAUCGCAUUGCAUCGCGUAAGGACUCACUGGAAGAUGACAACAUAAUAGAAAUGCUGUUCUGUAAGGAACGUGAGUACAAUGCCGAGGAGAGGCAGCAAUUGAAGCAACACAAACGCUUCAUAUUAAAACAGACUGAAAAACUUGAAAAUAAAACGUACAGCGAAUGCGGCUUGUUGCUGAACGAAAGCUAUCCAUACAUUUGUGCAUCGCCUGAUGGCAUCACCGACGACCACAUCGUCGAAAUAAAAGCACCCAAAACAGAUGACGAAUUUGAAAAGUAUCUGGAAGGACGUGAAACUAUCGCACCCAAGUACAUGGCACAAAUACAGAUACAAAUGUAUAUGGCGAAUGUGACAAAAGCGCUUUAUUGUGUGUUAAGUCCCACCUUCGAUACUAACGGUGCACUGCACUAUGUGUGGGUGCAAGCCGAUAUGGAAUUUGUGGCGAGUCUGCUCGGUGCAGCCGAAGAUUUUUGGAAAGAUGUGGUAUUUCCGCGUCUUGUCAAAAUCUACUUAGGUAAUUCAUAAGUUAACGAUUAAGAAAUUAGAUUAGCUGGCGCGCACAUUAAGUAAUCUUGUCGAACGCAUACCAAUACAAUAAAGGAAUGUCUUAUUCACAA